UUGGUGUGAAAGUGUAACAGGUGGUUCGAGUUGACACUGCUGAAAGUGCAAAUAAGGAUGGGGAAAUAUUUAUUACGCCAAGCUAUUUUGUUCUCUAAGGUGGUUGAAUUAAAACCGACUUCAUCACUAUUCGGAAAUAUUAUUAGUAGAAAACUACACACUGAUGAGAUUCCUGUUAAAGAAAUCGAAAUACCAGUGCAAUGGGGCCGCCUGUCAGCAAAAUUAUGGGGUACAGACCAACGCAGACCGAUAUUAGCUUUACAUGGAUGGCAAGAUAAUGCAGGCACCUGGGAUCCAAUUGCGCCUAUGUUAUGUAAAAACCGCUCCAUAUUAGCCCUUGAUUUUCCGGGUCAUGGACAUUCAAGCUGGAUCCCUCCAGGUAUGCAGUACUAUUCUUGGGAACUACCACGACUCAUCAUGUACCUGAAAAACUAUUUUAAAUGGGAUAAGGUUUCAUUAUUGUGUCACUCUAUGGGCUCUAUAGCGGGUAUGCGUUACGCGAGCGUGUGCCCUGACGAUGUCGACAUUUAUAUUGCAAUAGACAGCCUUAUUUACGACGACUACGAUUUACAUUUAGUGGUUGACAAAUAUCCAAAAAUUUUGGAGAAGAGCCUGUUCGCACAAACACGCUUAGAAGAAGAACCACCGUCUUACACGUUAGAAGAAAUAACAAAGCUAUGGCACUUAGGAACAACAAAGUCAGUUGCGCUUGAAAGUGUACAGCAUUUGUUGAAGAGAGGGGCAAAAGAAUCAAAACGCUAUCCAAAUAAAUACUAUAUCUCGCGAGAUGCCAGAUUGAAGUACACGUUGUUUAAUCCUGAAAGCAAAAAAUUUGUAGAGGCUCUGAUUAAGAGACUGAAAGCUCCAACACUGUACAUCAAAGCGAUAGACUCGCCUUAUGCGUCAGAUGCUUUUUCUGUGGAAAUGCGGGAAAUAAUCGAAACAAACAAUGAUAAAUUCGAGUGUCACUUUAUCCCUGGCACGCAUCACGUACACCUCAACAGUCCAGAAACAGUGGCACCUUUAAUACAAUCUUUUCUAAAAAAAUAUAAUGUACCAAUUUAAAAAUCUCCAAAUGUGAAUUUGUAUGUAGACUUAACAUAUUUAUUUGACGCCGAGUACAUUAUUCUUUUAGUAAUAAAAUGCGGGUAUGCAGGUUAGUCAAUUUCAAUAGAUUAAAUUAGGAAAAUCUACAUGUUAUAUUUUUGUUAAAUGUUAAUUAAUUUAUUAUUUAUAAAUUUUAUUACAAGUAACUACUUCGUAUGAUAAACUACAAGAGAACGAUUUUUGUUUUUACCUCGUAUGGUUGAUAUAUUUAUUAAUUAUUUGACGUUACUCAUAGCAUACUAAGAAACAUGCUUUGAUAUACAAUUCCAAAAUUCAUUGAAGAGUAAUUCGUUAUAUUUGCAUAUGGUCCUGGACAAUAUAUGGUUUAAAUAAGUCUUUUAAAAAUAAGUUUUCAUGUGCGGUCAUGAUCAGCUAAGAUAGCCGCCUAUCACGAGACACCGUCAACUAAUUUAUGAUUGUUGUAGCAUGUUGGUUUUAGGGUUUUAAGUACCUGGAUGUGAAAAUAAAAUAUUAUUCUUUUCA